UUCUAUUCCUGUAGGUAUACUUUGUAUGAUGUGCGAUGGCUGACUCUCUUCCAACUCCCCACCACUGAGCUGUCAAUAAGGAAACAAAGAUGGCGGAGCACCACUGUCAGCUGACUUCAGGAUUAUGUUUUGACCGCAUCAGUGUUGUAGUUGUUUACAAUUGACGGGUAACCAACAAACAAAGUUUGUUUAACCAACAAAUAAAGUUUAAGUGUCACUAUGUCUGCACAAUAAUAGAAUCAGUGUUAUUAUGAGUGAGUCGGACGACACCGACAUUUUGUUAUUAAUUCCUCCUGAUUUAUUCACCGUCGCCUCAUCCCAGUCUGAAGAAAGUCUUUUGAACUACCAGCAGUUCAACAACUCCACCGUGGUAUCUGAAAUCCUGGAGCACGUUCAAGCUUUAGAAGACCGCAUCAGUGCUAUUGAAGUUAAAGACUCCAGUCUGGAGCGUUCGAGCUAUGAUUUAGCUCCAGCAGAGCCUCGGAUUGCUGGAGCUGCUUCUGGGAGUUUCAACACAAACUCCACGGAUUUGUUGAAUGAAAAAAAUUAUCUGGACACGAGGUCAUCCUCCAGUUUGCCCGUCACUAAAAAAGGUUAUUUUAAAUCUUGUAAUUAUAUUCCUGGACCAGGUUCCAGUAUUUCUACGCCAAGCAAUUCUCCCGCUAAAAAGUACCAAGAUUUUGAUUUUCUCAAAACUUCUCCGACGAGACGCUCUGAUUUUCCAGGAAUUAAAAAUGGAGAAGUUAAUUUAAUCAAUUAUAAAACUCAAGAUUUACCGGGAUUGUCAUUGAAUAGUUCGAGGGAGAAAAUAGAAUCUCCAAGACAAAAGUUCGAGUUUCCAAAGUCAGUUGUUGAGAGAUCAAAGCUCUGGGAGUCCAAGAAGACUGUAAACACCAGCACACCUAAAAAAGACUUGAGUAAUAAGCCUGAAGAUUUUUUUCUUAAGAAAAAUGAAUGGAAAACUCCUUUGUUAUCGCUGACUGAUUUCUGGACCCCAGAUCCUACCAAAAGUCAAGAUGAGAUCCUCAGGAUUAAAUUAGAAGAAGAAAAAUUUAGACGAGAGCACUGCGAGCAGAUGAUUCAAGAACUGCAAAAACGAUUACUAGAGCAGCAAGAAAAAAUAGCCGUAGCAAUACGAGUGGAUAAAGAUAAAAGUGACACUAUAACCCAGUUCCAGGAAGUCUGGACUAAAUUCAAGACCCGGUGGGAUAACUUGGAGCAUGAGCACUCUCAAUUGCAGUCGCGAAUCCAAGAACUGACGGUGGAUCACCAGCAACAAUUGGAGAGUCUUAAUUCAAAGCUGCUCGGCAAAGACGAGGAGAUAAAACGCCUGGAAAAUUUACUAAGAGAGAGUGAUAAAAAGUGCGAGGCUGCUGUCAGAGAUAAAUUGACUACUCUUGAAGAGCAUGCCAAUGAGUUGGAGAAAUACAAGUCGCUUGUCCAGGCUGCGGAUCAACGUUCCGAGGAAUUUAAAAAUGAUUUUCACAAGUCUAAGGACCUGGUCGAACAACUGGAGCAAACUGUUAAGAGUUUGCAGCAGGAAUUGUACAAGGAAAGGUUUAAGAACACAGAAGUUCGCAAUGAAAUGGCUGUUGUUCAUAAAGGGUUGGAUACUUGUGAGGCUGAGUUGACGGUUUUGAGACAGGAAAAGGAAAAUUUACUGCUCAAAUUGAAGGAAGAAGAAAAUAGGGUCAGUAUACUAGAGAAGAAUAAAAUGAUGCUGUUGGAAGAUGUCAAUAAUACUAAAAAAUCAGAGGAGCUCGCGAGGGAAGAAAUGAAAGCUCUGAUAGCGCAGCAUGAGUUAAAAAGAACUGAAUUAAGAGAUAUGUAUCAAAAGCAAGUAGACGACGUGGUAAAUACCAAAUUAAAAGAAUUUGAAGCCCAAUUAGAUGCUGCUGAAUUGAAUUUCCAGCUAGAGUUGGAGUCAAAGCAACGAGCGAUUGCUGAAUGUGCUGCGAGGAAGAUUAAAAGCAUUAUUGACAAGCAUCAAGUGGAGAUAAAUUUAAUUGAGGAGAAACAUAAAGAAGAAAAACGAUUGUGCGAAAUCAGACUUUCUCAGACUAACAAAAAGGCCCAGGCUUACGAAACGCAAUUGACUGCGUACCACAACGCCAAAUCUCGGCUUGCUGAGCAGCUACACUCGCUUAUGGAGAAGCAAUAUCACCAGGCUUUACAUAUUUUAACAACUGGAAGUACAGAGACAUUUCAGUUACCUCGGAUUGAUAAAUCCGCGGAAUUAAUUAAUUUGCUAAGCGGGAAUAAUUUCAACAGCACUGCAUACUUGGAGCCAGUUAAAUUUAAUUUUAAAGACAAGGAUCAGGAGAAGGAAAAAGAAAAGGAGGAAAAAAGACGAAAAGAUUAUGGAGAAAAAGAUUAUGAUGAGUCUGUUGUCACUUAUUGUAACUCGAGUGACGAUUUGCAGGCCAAGCAAAGUGAUGAUGAUUUAAAAAAAUAUAUUAAGAUGAUUCUACAGAUGCAAAAUUCUAAAAAAUCUGCGGACAAUAAUUUAAUAGAUAACGACAAGUCGUCGUCGCCGUUGGUAUGUCGGGAAGUACCAAAAAAGUAUUAUUUAAAAGCUGAUAGCUCUAAAAAUAACUCCAAUGAGGAGCUGUAUUGUAAUAGGUCUACUGAGGAUAUAAGCACGACAAUAAAUACCGAAUACUUUACGAUAGAGAAGAAUAAAUUUCGCACACCUGGGCGUAAUCAGGAGAGAGUAAAACCACCAUGGAAGUGAUUACUUGAAAAAUAUUAAUUUUAUCCAGUACAAAUGAAUAAAAUUAUUUUUAAUACUUUUU